CCCCGCGGCAGCUGCCUCUCGCCCUCACACUCCGGCUGCCGCUGCCAGUGUCUCCGCCGCCGAACCCUCGCUCGCAGCGCCCAGUGUCCGACCCGCCGCCUCGGGCAGGGGCCCGGCUCGGCCCGCAGCGCCGCUGCCUGCCCAGCUCGGGAACAGGCAGAGUGGCCCCGUGAGCCCCAGCAGGUCCUGGUUGGUGGUGAGCAGCUGUCAUGAUCUCUACAGCACCUCUCUACAGUGGGGUGCAUAACUGGGCCAGUGCAGAGCGGAUUUGCAUGUGUGGCCUCAACGAGGAGAGGAGAGCCCCGCUUUCUGAUGAGGAGUCUAACAAGAGCAGCUCCCAGCACUUGGGGUCCCAGGAAUUUUGCGUCAGCAGCAGCCUUUCCAAGGUGGAGCUCACAGCAGUCAGCGGUGGCAGCAAUGCCCAGGGGCUGGAUGCAAAUAGCAGCGUGGAGGAAAAACUUGGGCCCAAGCUGGAAGAGCAGCCACCCAAACCCUACUCGAAACCAGAGUGUGCUGGACAAGCAGUGAUAGAAGAUAAUGUGCUGGGCCCUCUGGCAAACCAGGGAGAUGGCAGAGAGCUGGAGCCCGCAGUCCUGGGAGCUGUGGAGCCUGAGAGCAGCAGCACUGACAACGCCUGGACACCUGCAGAUCUUCACGGUGACAAGCAAGCUGAUGCUUCUCCUGCCUGCCCCAAUGCUCCAGACAGUGAACAUGCUGGGAAAGAGAAGAGCACCCUGAAUGCUGAAACACAAGAGGCAGGAGUGCCUGUGGAGGAGACACUGCCUGUGGUUGCCUCCAGCUGCAACACCCUUGCAUCCACUCCAGCCACCUUCACCUUGAAUAGAGUGUGUUUUUCCACAUCUCAAGCCCCAGCUAUGCAAAAAAUGCCCCUCUCCUUUCAGCCCGGGGCAGUUCUGGCCCCAAGCCAGCCCCUAGUGUAUAUCCCACCCUCCAGCUGUGGGCAGCCACUCAGUGUGGCUACUCUUCCAAGCCCCCUUGGGGUCCCCUCCACACUUGCUCUCCCAGUCCAUCCCUCCUACCUGCAGGAGCGUGGCCCGCCAGGCAUUAUUGCUCCCCCUGAGCUGUGCUCAUUUCCCUGUACCUUCUCCGUAGCCAGGCCCUUGCCUUCAGACUCCAAAGUGGUGUCUGUGGAGGUGAACCAGCUGAGCUGCCCUUCACCUUCAGGUGGGAACAGCACACAAACUGCUGCAGCUGUUGAUGGCCCUUCCCCAUCCAUGGAGGGCUCUUCGCUGUCACCCAGCCAGCCUUCCCUGGCAGCAUCAUGUGGGAGUGCAGCUCCCCCACCAGGUACUGGCCUGCACACUAGGGCCUCUGGUGCUCCAGAGCAGGUCGCUCAAGGGGCCACCACUUCGCUUUCUCCCCUGAAGUCCCCCCCACAGCUGGAGCGUGAGAUGGUCUCCUUCCCAGAAUGUUGUGAGAUGCCUCUUGAUCUGUCCUCUAAAUCCAACCGCCAGAAGCUGCCUCCACCGAGCCAGCGUAAGACACCUCCCAUGCCCAUCCUAACGCCGGUGCACACCAGUGGCAAGGCAGUGCUCACUACGGUCCUGUCCAAGUCCCAGCGUGCAGCCCAGAGCGCAGGAAGCAGUGUCACCUCAUGCCUGGGUACCAACCCUCCCUUAGUAAUUUUUCCUGACUUCCUGCGUAAUGGUGAGCAGGGCUCCUGGAUGAAAAACUCCACUGCACUGAUUAGCACCAUUCCAGGCACCUACGUGGGGGUGGCCAACCCAGUGCCUGCCUCACUACUGCUCAGCAAAGACUCCAGCAUUAGCUUCAGCAGGGAUCCACAGCACCUCCCCAAACAGGAGCCCAUUUCCAUUAUCGAUCAGGGAGACCCCCGAAAUGUUGGGCCACCCUCUGGGAAAAAAGGCAGCCAGGCUAGUGUGGAGGGUCAGCAGGACCCAGGUAGGCGGUUCCUCUAUGGCAGAGUUGCCCCAGGGGCUUCAUUGUGCCAAUCCAAAGAACUAUCUCUCUGGAAUCCUGGUCAGGGAAGCAUUUACCCCCGAUGCCCAGUUAAUGGGAAACCAUCCAGUCCCCAGCUUCUGCCUGUUGGGUGGUCUCCCUAUCACCAGACCCCUCUGCUUUCGAUUGGCAUCUCCACAACUGGACAGCUGCCCCUGAAUCAGAGUGGCCCCUCCAAACCAUCUGGUGCAGGCGAGCUCCCUGUGUUUCCCAGCAUGCAGCCUGUAGAGUCUGGCAUGGCAGCCUCCAAGGUCCCAGAGGGUCUGCCAAGACUUCCGUCUCUGGAAUGGGAAGCCAUGUCCAAAGCCAAGAACUGCAGGGCCUUGCCCAAGUUCUGUGAGGAGCCCAUCAAUCCAGUCCCUAUAGCUGUAGCUCCAUCUCUUCAGGCCAAUACUGUGGAAGCAAGUGAGGGAAAGGGGAAGGCAGAAAGCCCUUCCAGGAGCCAAGGGUGUGAUGAACCAGAGGCUGACUCCGGUAGAGAUAGUGUUGUACAGACUGAGGCUCCCCCAGGGAGCUGUAGCCUCAAGCAGUUAGGAGACUCAAAACCUAAAAACCAAGUGUUAGCUGCCUAUCUGUCACAUGACCUGCCUGUAGUCAAUCAGCAAGGCCUGCAAACAGCCUCUGAGCUGCCAGCUGCACCUGUGGAGAGUCAACGCAAGGAGCUGGGAUGUGAGGUGGCCCGGGAGCAGCCAGCCUCGGAGGCCCCCCAGUGUAUGCACCAGGUGGACCUGUGCAGGGUCAAGAAGGAGCGAGUGGAAUGUGAUGUGCCAUUUGCCUCUGGGGUUUGUCUGCGAGCUGGGGUAGCCCCCAAGGGCUUUCCAGAGACCAAACUCAAGGGAGCAGCGCAAAUCAAACAAGAGGGCAGCUUAUGCUGCAAAUCCAAACGGCAACACGAUGGGCGGGCCAAACAGGCCCACAAGAGACUGAAGUGCAGAGCCAGAGAUGGAGAGGAGGCCCCAAGCAAGUCGGGCAGCCGGAGCUUGCAUGGAUGGAAGUGGCAAAAGCAUCGCGGGGACCUGCAUGAGAUCAGCAAACGAGAAAGCCGGGUGGGCCCAGGAUCCAUGAAUGAGCACAAUAGCCUCAGGGUAAAGCGCAAGCGCAGGAGGCCAGCAAAGACAGAGCUCCAAUCUCCAGGGCGUCGUGGGGACAGCCAUGAGGAAGGUUACCUUGAGAAGAAACCCAAGAACAAUUUCCGUGACUUCAUCCCAGUGGUGCUGAGCAGCCGGACACGCAGUCAGUCAGGAAGUGUUGGUGGCUCCUCUGCUAGUGUGAGAGGAGAGUGCGAAGUGACUGGCCAGGAGAUCUUACCACUGUUGGAGGAGGAGCAGGAGGAGGAGACAUCCUUGAAACGCCGCAGGCUGAGGAAAUCCCACAGAAUGUCCCGCUAUCGCAGCCGCAGGGCCAGAGACAGGUCUCAGUCAGAAAAGGGCAGCUGCCACCUGAGGAGGGCCCGGGAGUUGCCCUGGAGAGUGGAGGCACCAAGGCAGCUGUGGGACCCAAAUGAGGAGGAUGAUGACGACAGCCAUGUCAAGAGGAAGAAAAGGAGACGGCAGAAGAGCUGGAAAUACCAGACUGGGGAGUACUUGACUGAGCGGGAAGAGGAGGAACAUGUGAGCUGCUACUCCCAUAGGAGGCGGAAAUCAAAAGCAGAUUUCAGGUACCGGAAGCAGAAGGAAUGUACCCAAGGCAAAGGCUCAGAGCUGCGAUUGAGGAGCAGGCUUUCCCCAUCGCCCCGGAAGUCCCAAGGGCGCCCGGACUUCCGAAAUGGCUUUCUCUUGGAUCACCCGGACAACUCCAUCCAGGAAGCACUCGAGAAACCAUCAGGAAAACGCAAAUGUAAAACAAAACAUCUGGCAGGGAUCUGUGAAGAGGGGAAGGUGAAAGGGCACUGGAAUCAGCCCAAGCCACGCUCUGUGAAGAAGGCCCAGGAGCUGUGGCCACUCUGCAAGUCACGGCAGGCCAGCCCAGGAAACUCCCCUGAAUUGCCCAUGACCCAGCACAUCCCUCCUGAGGCUCGGCGGCUGAUCGUGAACAAGAAUGCCGGGGAGACUCUCCUUCAGCGAGCGGCACGGCUUGGUUACAAGGACGUGGUGCUCUACUGCCUGCAGAAAAAGAGCAGCGAGGUGAACCACCGUGACAAUGCCGGCUACACAGCUCUGCACGAAGCCUGCGCACGAGGAUGGAUUGACAUCCUGCACAUUCUGCUAGAGCACGGUGCCAAUGUGAACUGCAGUGCACAGGAUGGCACAAGGCCUGUUCAUGAUGCAGUGGUGAAUGACAACCUGGAGACCAUGUGGCUUCUGCUCUCGUAUGGCGCUGACCCCACACUCGCCACUUACUCGGGGCAGACAGCCAUGAAACUGGCCAGCAGUGAGGUGAUGAAGCGGUUCCUGAGCGAUUACCUCUCGGAUCUCCAAGGGCGUGCUGAUGGGGACCCCCGAACAGCAUGGGAUUUCUACAGCAGCUCUGUACUGGAGGGGAAGGAUGGGAUUGGAUGCGACCUUCUGCUCAACCCUCCCGGAAGCUCUGAUCAGGAGGAAGAGGAGCAAGAAUCAGACAGCUUCAUGUUUGAGUUCUCAGACAAGCCCCUGCUUCCUUGCUAUAACCUCCAGGUGUCGGUCUCACGUGGGCCCUGCAAUUGGUUUCUCUUUUCUGACGUUCUCAAGAGGCUGAAGCUUUCCUCCCGCAUAUUCCAGGCUCGCUUCCCACACUUUGAAAUUGCUACCCUGCCCAAGGCGGAGUUCCAGCGUCAGGUGUCCUUGAGCCAGCUGCUGGCCCAGGAGGAGGUGCCAGAGAGCCCCGAGCUGCUCCCCCAUGGCCCUGCAGAGACAGUGGAGCUGGUGCGUUAUGAGCCAGAGCUACUGCAGCUCCUGGGCUCAGCAGUGGAGUUCCAGGCCUGGAGCAGCUGACGGGGGCUGGAGCUCUCCCCGCACUGGACUGCGUCAUGAGGCAAUAAGAUGGACUGAUGGGAAGCAGCCUUUUCAAUGCCAGCAGCGGGGCCUGGAGUUUUUGGCGGUUUUAUUCUCUCCUCGCGGCCCCUGAACUCCGACUGGGGAGAGACUCCACUUGUCUCCAAGGACUUCCCAGGGUCCCUUUCAGAUGAGCAGCAGCAGAUGCAGCUCUCUGCAGGUUCCCUUCCAGAUCAGCUGGGAAGCUCGGACCUGCCCCACUGGGCUACCUUAGCUGGGCCUUCCUGGCUGUAGGACCAUGGGCUCUGAAGUGAGGGGCAGUGGGUGCUUCUGCCCUGCCCCCCUAUAGAACCGCGCCUCUCUCUCAAGCUGCCCUCCCCCCAAUGUCUUCCAUAGUAUUUAUUUAAUUAGUAUUUAAUUUGUAAUGUUUCUUUUGUUUCUGCUGAGUCUGUAUCACUGUGAUUAUUUGAGCCCCGGGCUGUGGUGAAGAGGGCUUCUUCUGGCCCCUCUCCCAGGAUACGCCCAGAGGACACUGCUCUCCCAUGAGUAGCUAGCUGUCCAGUGACCGAACUGCUGCAGCCUGGCAGCAAAGGGACCAGCUCUCACAACAGUCCCCAGGUUAAAUUCUAGGGCCCGUGGGCAGCCCUCUCCCUCACCAGCUUCUGCUGGGGCUGUUCCCUUCCCAAAAGCAAGUCCAGCUGAGAGCUGUUCUCCAGCCCAGGGUUCAGUCUCCCCCAGGUGCUUGCCUGGCUGUCUCAUGCAUUUAACUUACAUCGCUUGUUUCUGGAUUCUUCUGGGCCACUUUGAAGAGGCAGCUGCAGCCCGAGAGCUAUUCCAAAGCCCCAGACAGGGACUCCAGCUGCCUCCCAUCCUCAUGGGCUCCUGCUGCUGCUGGAGGGCCAUCCUCCUUGACGCAGUGUCUGCAUGCAGACAGGCCCCUUCCUCCACCCUUGUCUGUGCCCUUCUUCUGUUCAGAGGAGCAGUUCUACUGCAGAGAGCUGGCCUGAGGGGGCAAGUGCCUGCCCCUGGCAGGAGCAGAGAGCAGGGCUGCACCGCUGUGUAGAUGGUACAGUUUUAUUGUACAGGUGCUAACAAGGAUGCUGAGGACUGGACAAUCUGUUUCCUGGCUCUCCCCUGUCCUGCCCUGCAGUGGGAGUGUUGGGUGGUUUUUUCUUUGUGUUGUGUUUCGUCCCAGCCGGGGCAGUUGUAGCCUCCCCUGACCACCACUGGUCUGCCUCCCCCUCCUUGGGACCAGACAGCUCCUUUUUUAAGCUGAGGGUUAUUGCCUUUGGGUGUGUAUUCUGGCUGCUCUUUCUGAUUUCUGUUUUAUUAUAAACAACCGGCUGUGGUGUCAAAAAACACUUAUGUACAGAAAAACCUGCAUCAGGCCCUCUGCCUCCUGGCUCUUCUAUCGCUGUGUGUGUCGUGUCCUGUUACUGGUGGUGGCAGGGGGGAAGCACUGUUCUUGGGAUGAGAACUUCUUUGCUCGCAGUGUGGGGUGAGAGAAAUGACCCUGGGCUCUGCGCACUGCUCAGUGAGUUGCUGUUCCCUGCUGUCUGUACUGUGAGAUCCACUGCUACAGCCCUUUGUUACGGCUGAGUAAGAGCCCAGCCCUGCCCCCUUGCUUGCCUGAGGAUAGCAUCCUCCUCCAGUGUGCUUUUCUAGAGCCUUAUAUCCGCCAGGCAGGGGAUCAGCUGGGGCAAGUGAAAGCAGGGUGCCACCUCUACCACUCUGCCCCUGUAGCCCAAACUGCUUUAGUGCAGCCUGCUCCAAUGUGCCCCUUCUGCUUCUUUCCCUGCAAGCAAAGGGGCACCUUCUAUGCAUAUAGCUGCUGCUACUCGCUGCAGCAACUGUGCACAGUGAGAUGACACAAAAAGGCAAGGCUGGGCUCUUGCUCACUUAGUGUUUUAAAUAUUCAGCUGUGCUUCAGCCUAGCUCCAUGGAGGAGCUGUUACUCCCAAGGCCAGAGUAGUACCAGCCUUGGACUCUAGGCCUGGCCUCUCAAUGUGUGUAAUCACCUCAGCCCACGUGUACACAUGCUGCUGGGCACCUGCUCACAGGCCAGGGCAGCAGUAGGGAAUAGCAUAAGAAGGAACUUCCAACAGGGGUUUGGCGGCCCAGGCAUAGAGCUCCAUCCCCAGGACCUUGGCUCAGGCAUGUCUACUCCCCAGGGCCUAAUGAACAGUGGUGGCAGGGGAAAGAACUGAGCCCAGGCUGUGGUGAGGAGCAGGGGCAAUGGAAUGAAAUGGGUAAGAUGGGCCUUUUCUCCUGUCCCAGCCUGUGUAUUCAUGUGGGAGAGCCCAGUAGGUGGAGCAUGCUGAUCAGGGAGUUUCACACACAUACCCUUUUCCCAGGUGUAGAUGAUAUUGGAGGGAGCCAGGGCAUGAGUCAGGCCAGGUGCUGUACCACUCCUAGCAGCUCCUCGGGCUGCUGUAAGCAGAGAGCCUGGUGCCAGGGCAUUGCAUGUAGU